AUGGAUGCUGACAUGGCUAGCAGAGGUGGCUGCACAUGUGAAACUGAGGCUGCAAGCUCAGAGGUGGCUGCACAUGUGAAACUGAGGCUGCAAGCUCAAGUUUACAUACCAACUGUCUUUAAAAUCAGCUGGUUCUCUCUGAGAGAAUUCAGGGAAGAAAAAAAACUGCAAUUCUCCGAAAACCCAAUUGGUUUCACCGAAACUCUCGUUUUCAAAGAAAUGGGUUUAUGGGAUUCCUUCCUCAAUUGGCUCCGGAGCUUAUUCUUCAAACAGGAAAUGGAACUUUCCCUCGUAGGCCUUCAGAAUGCUGGAAAAACCUCUCUUGUAAAUGCCAUUGCUACAGGAGGCUACAGUGAGGACAUGAUUCCAACUGUGGGAUUUAAUAUGCGAAAAGUCACUAAAGGAAAUGUAACGAUAAAGCUUUGGGACCUUGGAGGGCAAAGAAGAUUCCGUACAAUGUGGGAACGUUACUGUCGGGGUGUCUCCGCAAUAUUAUAUGUAGUUGAUGCUGCUGAUAGAGACAGUGUUCCCAUAUCUCGUAGUGAGCUACAUGACCUCUUAAAUAAACCAUCAUUGAGUGAGAUUCCUUUACUAGUUCUUGGAAACAAAAUCGACAAAUCGGAAGCUCUUUCCAAGCAGGCACUAGUGGAUCAGCUAGGUCUUAACUCAAUCACAGACAGAGAAGUUUGCUGCUACAUGAUCUCAUGCAAGGAUUCUGUAAACAUAGAUGUUGUCAUUGAUUGGCUCAUCAAACACUCGAAAACAGCAAAAUAAGAAAAUGGAGUUGCUUUCAUUCCCCCUACUUGGUGUGUGAUUAAAAAUUGGUCAAGGUAGAACAGAGAAUGUUCUAGAUAAGUCUUGAGCCUGAUAAGCUGAAUCAGUGGUUAGUCCUUCAUGGUGAAAAGUUCUUGCCUCUACAGCUGCAGUCGGGAUCUCUGUGUGGUACUUGAAUACUUCUGUUAUUGCUUUAUUCAUUGCUUAUUGACUGUUGUUUUGUGUUGAAGUAUCUUCUUCCUUUGAAUCUGAGUGUUGUCACCUUCGAAUAGCUUACCAAUCCGACUGAUGAUAUAUUUGCUUCUCCACAAAUGUAAAUCUGUCUCUAUGGUUUUAAAUGAUUCAUUAUUUUUUUCCUGCUAAUCCAUGGACAAAGCUGAAACAGGAUCAUUGUGAACACCUUUUGGUCUCAUCAUACAUGGGAAACGACAGAGCCAAUUUCUAUUUUUCCAGAG